GUGGGUGGCGAGGUUAUGAGCGGAACUCGACAGAGGCCGAAAGACGAAGGGGGGGGGAGCAGGAGGAGGGAGGGGGAUCUUUCUUGUGUUGCGCUGAGAGCCGCCACCGCUUCUCCUUCCUCUCAGAUAAGGGCAACAUCUGUUCGUGAUGUUGAUGCUGAGACACAAACCAACCUGGAACUGAGACAAGGGAACCACAUCACACAAAACAUGGUGGAUGCAAGGUUGACGCCCCUGGCAGCAAUGGGGCUGGACCGAGGCACUCUGAUGCACGAUGGUCUUCGUCUCCAUGGUGGGGUUGUAUACCCAGGCAUCAGGGCACUACCAGUGGAUAAGAGCCGAGAGAUACCCUCCCUCACUUAUAACAGGGAUGGUCUCCCAGAGCUCAUUUACAAGUCUGAUGGCCCUCUGGACAGCCGUAAGCCUACGAAUGGAUACCUGGGCCUCUACAAGAGCACCCCAUCAGGUCUUCACAAGCCUGUGCUGGUUCCUGGAGCUGAAGGUCUAGGCUUGGAACGCAGAGUUGGGCCUGGAGAAAAGGCAUCUGAAUUGGGCUUGGCAGGUGCUGGUGGCAGCUACCUCCGCCUGCCGUGGCUCAGCCCCUACCCUGAAGCGAGCAUGUAUUCCUUCAUGGACACAUCCAAGUAUGCGGCUCUAAACAUGUACAAGGCCUCCUUGCUCAGCCAACCUAACCCCUAUCUUCCGCAGCACCUGGCCUACCCAUCUCUGUGUGCAGCCCAGGGGGGCAAUGUUAACCCUGCUGCUGCCUCUGCUGCUGAGAGGCUUUACUAUAUGCCCCCCUAUCCUCCUUCUCCCAUCUCUUCUUCCCUGGUUGCGCCCCCUAUGAGGAUUCCUGCAGUCACAGUCGCCCCCACAGCACUGGUACACUGCCAGGACAAGGGGCUUGGUGUUGCGCCUCAGUUUGCACAGCAGCUUCACCAACCUUCCCCUCAUUCUCAGCACCAUCAGGCUGCCAUAGACAGGGACCGGUCCCCGAGCAGGAGCAGCAGACCAAGCAGACCUCCCUCUAGGAAGGGUUCUAGCAGCAACAGCAGCAACAACAAUACUAGUAGCAAUAGCUCUAGUGGCACCAGUACUGGGAAUAAUAAUAAUCUGCCUAUUGAUUCUUCACCUCGUGCAUCUUCUCGCCUCCCCCAACCCCCCCCUCCUCCUGCUAACAUUGAAAAUUUACUUGAUUUACAAAGGCCAGUUGCUAGGAUUGGACACCCUCCUACCUCCUCCACUUCUUCAAUAUCUUCCUCAUCCUCAUCCACUCAGUCCAUUUCUCAUCCCUUCUCUGUAAGCAGCAUGGCAUCAGAGCAGCCCUCUCCAGCCCGGCCAAGCCCCCACAGAUCUAGGCCAAGAGAUGGGGCACCUGAGCACAGAAGUGUAGGGGUUGAAAGGAGACCUAGCAGGUCACCCUCCAAACCCAAAUUUGAAAGACCAGCUCACCAACCCCAAACCACCAAAGAGUCAGCAGAGAAGCCCUUGGAUUUAUCUGGAAGAAUGCUGGAAUUUGGGUUGCCCCCUAAUGGAUUCCCAGUUAAGAUGGACACUAUAGCAUCAGGCCCACGUUAUGGACUGCCCUCUAGCCGGGAGCUACUAAAGGAAAACCUGUCCCACUCUCCAUCCUCCCACCUGCACUCUGUGGUCAGCAGCACUUCUUCAAAGGUCCCAGAGAGGCCGGAAAUGAUCAGCACUUUACACUCCUCCUGGGUUGUACCUAGCCCGUCUCCUUCCCGUACACAGCACACACCAGGCUUGCCCCCCUCCCCAAGGCCUAAUGCAGACCUGGGCCUUUCACAAACCAAAGGUUCCUCACCCUCUGUAAUCAAACAUAAGGGUCUGGAGAGAGUACUCCCUCAGCAACGUAGCUCAUCGUGUCCAAGGAUAGGGGAGCCCAACCAUAAUGUUUCCUCAACUCAGCACCCCUCUCUGGUCAGCUCCAGGGCUCUUUCUCCCAAACCCAGUGGGGAGUGGGUCAAACAGAGCCCUAGCCAUUCAGAACACCCGGGCCACAACAGAGAGGGAACAGAGAAAUCCUCCCAGACCAAUAAGAGAGGUGAAACAGCUCCAGAGGGUUACCUCCUACAAGAGGCCUGUUUAGAGAAUGGUCACCCUCCUGGCCACCUUUACCUUCCUCAAAGUGACGCAUACCUGAACCACAGUUUGGCUUAUGCCAAUAGAUACCUGCACUACCCUAUCCCUGACGGCAUGUCGCUACACUCCCUGCCAAUUGCAGGGAAAGGCCCAGUCUACCCUCACCCAGUAUUACUGGGCAGCAACAGCCUUUACCCCACCCACUUGGCAGCGAAACACCCUUUACCCUACCACAAUUUGCCAGCUGGUCCGGGAGGGGAAUACCUCACUUAUAACUCACAGGAGAUGGCCCAUCCCCUGAUGCAGACUCAUUCAGACAAGCUGGCAGAAAGAGGAGAUGCAACUUUGAAGCCCCGGGGACAGGAGAAAUCCCGGGGAACUGUUGAAGAAUGCGGUGGCCACAGAGAUCACAACAUUGGGAAAGAGAUGGCCGACGGAAGCCAAAUUAAGUCUGAUAGGGAAGCAGGAGCACAAGGACACGGUGGCAAUCAAAGCAAAACUCCUUCCUCUGCAACAUCCAGAGAAAAGAUUGUCUGCAUUGACCUUGUACACUCAGACACAGACAUUGAGUCUACCCCAACAGUCCACAAACCAUCUGCUGAGUCCAGCAGCAAGGUUAACCAAAAUGAAUGUUGUCAUAGUAACCAAAAUCUGACAAAGACUGACUAUGAGCCAAAACACCAACACCACCUUUCCCAUCCUUAUCCGAUCCACUCCGGACACAGCCCUGCCCUGAAGCCCAAUCACACUGAUAGAAAGCCAGAAGCUCCCUUUGGGAAACCAAAGGUUCUCCAGGACAAGGUCUGUCCUGGGGUGACAUCUAGCACAUCCCCAACAUCUCUAGGGAAGUUCACCCUAGCAGAGGAGAGCCUGGAGGAACAGAGCCCCAGCCCAGACCCUGAAGAUCAAGAUCAGAGCACCUUGCGCUGUGCCCGUACAUCUGGGGAACGCAGCUCUGGUAAGGACAAAGGGGACAGAGAUUGCCGAGCUCUUCACUUCUCCCAGCACUACACAGAUGUGGUGAAGGAGGAGAGAGUGUGUGAAGGAGAGACUGAAAAGGAAGACAGUAUUGUUGACUUAGGGGAGUCUCAAGGAGAAGGGGAUGAGGAUGACGACGAAGAUGGCCUGACUUUAUCUAAAGGCUGUCGUAGAUCCAGUCUGGCCAAGAGGAUUGCUAACUCCUCAGGCUACGUUGGCGACCGCUUUAAAUGUGUCACCACUGAGCUGUAUGCUGACUCCAGCAAGCUGAGCCGUGAACAGAGAGCCCUGCAGAUGGAAGUCAUAUCACGAGAGGGGAGUAAUAUAAGUCAACCUGCAGCUAACUGGGAGCGGGCAAUGAUGCGGUUCUCGGAGCUGGAGCUGAAGGAGAAGGAGGGCGGCGGUGUGUCUGUGUCUGCCUCGGCAGCGGCAGCAGGACGGGAGCUGGCAGACGGCCAGCGCAGAGAGCGAGUGCUGGAACACUGCCAACACACCACCAGGCAGGGAGAGAGGGAGGGUGUCCGGCCAGUGUACGCAAACAACAGAGUUCCAGUCCUCCAGAGGUGUGGGGGCCUGAAUGAGCCUUUGUCCCCAGGGCAUGGGGCUCGAGAGGGGGCCAUAGGUGCCAGCCAGGGAGGACUAAAUGAUGGAGCCAGGAAGGUGAAAAGGGAGUCAGAAGGAGGUAAUUGUUUACCCCCUACUUUGACACCGGCAAAAGGAUACCUUGAGGAGAAGGCCAGCUCUGUCUUUGGACCCACCAGGAAACGCCAGCUCGGCGUCAAGGUUGAAAAAGAGGACAUUGAGUGGGAGGAAGGAGAGAGGCUGUCCCACCCAGAGAAAAGAGCAAAGAUUUCUACCGAUGAGAGUGAGCAGGCCAGUCCUGAUGAAGAUGAUGACGAGGUUCGGAAGCUCAAGGUCUGCAUUGAGCUGAAGGGACUGCGACUCAGCAAGCCCGCUGCCGGCGCAGCUUCCCCUGACGGGUCCCUAAUCAAACAGGAGAGAGCAUGGCCCCAGCCCCGAUUAGUGGCCCCGGUCCAGAGCCUAAGGGAACGCAAGAUUAGGCCUGGUGAGCCAGAGGACAGAGCCGCAGCGCAUAGAGCCGAGAUCAACAGGAAAUGGGGCUGCGAGAAGCUUCUUAAUGGAGUAGCUACUUCUCCCCUUCCCCCCAGCCAACUGAAGGACAGAGCGCUACCGCCGGGCGCCUUCUCAGGUGACCAUGGGCUCAAAGAGCCCAGAAGGGCCCCCCCAUCUCUGGCCCCAGAGCCAUCCAUGGGAGGCUCCCCUCCCACCAAGCCCCGUCGCCAUAGUGACACAGACAAACCCAAGGGCAAGCGGCCGUGCAAGACCAAACACACCAGUCAGAGGGAGCGGGAGAAAAGGAAAGAAGCCACAGCUAACAGCCCUGGCCAGCGUUGUGUGGCUGAUCAGGGAGCAGCUGAAGAUGACAAGCUGAGUGAGCAGCGUGGCGCUCCGAGGAAGGGAGCCGCCUCUCCUAAUCAUUAUCCCUACUCCCCAGUCAAGCCCUGCUCCCCCGCCACGCUCUGUCCGCCUUCCCUGCAGCCCCAGGCUAACGGCAGAGCUGGCGGUGUGCCACCAGAGGUGGCGGGGGUGCACAGGACCCCCCCUGCUGAGCCCCCCGCUGUUCGUCCGAUCCCGCCAGAGGCUCGUCGGCUGAUCGUGAACAAGAACGCCGGAGAGACUCUGCUCCAGAGAGCUGCACGGCUCGGCUACGAGGAGGUUGUACUGUACUGUCUGGAGAACAGAGUAUGUGAGGUGAAUCACAGAGACUAUGCCGGGUACUGUGCCCUCCACGAGGCAUGCGCACGUGGCUGGCUCAGCAUAGUCCAACACCUGCUGGAUUACGGGGCCGAUAUCAACUGCAGUGCACAGGACGGCACCAGACCAAUUCACGAUGCUGUGGAGAAUGACCACCUGGACGUUGUGAGAGUCCUGCUGUCUUAUGGUGCUGACCCCACCCUGGCCACAUAUUCUGGCCGUGGCCUGCUCAAGAUGACCCACAGCGACAACAUGGAGCGCUUCCUCACUGAUUAUUUUGCUGACCUUCAGGGCCGUUCAGAUGACAACCCGGGGCUUUAUUGGGAAUUCUAUGGCAGCGCUGUGUGUGAGUUGAGCGAGGAGGGCGGUGUCUAUGACAUCCUGGCCGACGCUCCGGGCCCAGAGGAGGAAGAUGAGGAUGAUAAAAGGGAGGUGUUUGAGUUUGAGUUCUCUGACCGCCCUCUGCUGCCUUGCUACAACAUCCAGGUGUCCCUCUCCCAAGGGCCAAGAAACUGGCUGCUAUUGUCAGACGUGCUUCGUCGGCUGCGGAUGUCAGGUCGCGGGUUCCGACAGGCUUUCCCCCACAUGGAGGUGGUGACAGUGGCAGAGGCAGAGUUUUACCGGCAGGCCUCUCUGUCGCAGCUCUUCUCCUGCCCAGAGGAGCUGGAAGGCUUCCAUGCAGACAGUAAGGACCUGUUGGACCUGGUGGAAGACAGCGGUGAGCUGGCUGCUCUUCUGGGCUCCACACUGGAGUGUCUUGACGACCGCUGGGACCACCCAGGGGACAAACUGAAGGACAAAAUCAAGGCUUUUGGGAAGUUGGGCUCAUCCUGACCCUUGGAGACACUAAACCCAGACCUUGAUCCUUUACGACUGCAGUUUGCUUACGAACCAACCAGGGGUAGUGAUGAUGCCUUAGCCUGACUCUUAGUUUGCACGCUUUGACCCUGUUCUGGACCAGCGCUGUACAGAUGGACUGACAUGCUGGCUGAUCGGGCUGCUGAAACGUUUCCCUCCGUUAACUGAGAAUCAAUACAUUUGUGACUCAAUAGACUUAAUAAUGGUCUUAUUUUUAUAAAUUAAUAUAUGUAUAAAUAAAUAAAUAUAUUAUAUAUAUAUAAAUAUAUAUAAAAUAUCAAGAGAUUUUUUUUUUCUUCUUUUGGAUGUUGCUCACGACUUCUCUGAAAGAUUUUGUAUGGCAACAGAGUGUAGUUGUGUUGUCAGUGAUUGGAUGGAGUGUGUGAACGCGCAGCACGUUGUGCAUGUGUGUAGCUGUACAGGAUAGUACUGAGACUGUGCUAUUGAAUGUGGUAUUUGUUUAUAGGAAGCACAUGAUGUCCUGUUUUAGUCUUUUUUUUUUUUUUUCUUCUCCUCAGACUUUAGCGCUCGCUUGAGCCUCAGGCUAUUUUGUUGUAUCUUUUUUAAUGUUCAAAAUUUGCUUCCUGUUUAGUCUGUAAGUUAA